UCGAGUUAUUCUGAGCGAUAGACUCUGCAGGAAUAUGCUCCUAAAACGAUAUUUCUCUGUCGACAUCAAAGGCAUUUUGGCGUGUCCUUGGUUUAUUUAUGGAGCGUGCUUUCUGUGCGUGUUUUGCUCUUGUGAUCCCAGAUUAACACUAAAACAAGAUGAUUCUCUACUGUUAUACAACACGAAUUAUAGUCAUACAGUCUUAUUUCAUCAAGAAGGAUCAAAGAGCCUCUGGGUGGGAGGAUUAAAUAAUGUUCUACACGUUGAUGUAGACACUGGUCAGAUUUUGGAGAACUUCACUCUGAAUCCAAACUUACCAAGAUGUGGUAAGAGCUCUUGUGAAAAUGUAAUAACUGUAAUUGAGAGAUUUCAAGACUGCACAUUCGUAUGUGGGACGAAUGGAGGAGAGCCAAAGUGUUGGAAAUUGUUUCCCACAGAAAGCAAUCAUUCCACCGAGGUAGACGGCACAGGGAUCUCACCUCACACAUGUACACAGAACUCGCUGUCUCUGAUGGCAGAUGGAGACCUCUAUGCAGCAGCUCCUCUUUACAGUGAUGGAACCCUGCUGCAGUUUCGAAGAAAAGCUGGAAAUCGAAUCAGCGUAUGGAUGCAUGACCAAUGGGUCUCAGAACCCACUUUUAUCUCCAGUUUUCUGGCCGAGCGCAAAAAUGACUCCUUGAAUGAGAAGAUAUACGUCUUAUUUCGUGAAAAAAACUCGGACACGAGCCCAGAAGCUGAUCCUUGGAUAUCUAGAGUUGCCAGAGUUUGUAAGGUUGAUGAGGGCGGUCCCAAGCUGUUCCUCCAGAACAUCUGGACCUCCUUCCUGAAGGCACGACUCGUUUGCGGGAUUCCUAGCGAGUCGUUGUACUUCAACCGCCUACAGGACGUUUUCGUCCAGCAUGCCGAGGACUGGAGGAAGUCGCGAGUGUAUGCGCUCUUCUCCAGCAGCUGGAACUCUACUGCUGUCUGCAUAUACUACUUGAAGGAUCUUGACUAUGUUUUUGAGAAAUCUUCCUUCAAAGGUUAUACUGAGGCCAUUCCCAGCCCAAGACCAGGAACGUGUGUGAAAAACAGCAAUUCCAUUCCAGUCCCCGACCUCCAUAUUAUUAAAGACUAUCCAGAGAUGGAGGACUGGAUUCAUCCCAUUCAACAAGACACACCUUUCUUUACAAGUAAUAAGAACUUUACCAAGAUAGCUGUUGACCGAGUCCAAGCUUCAGAUGAAAACAUGCACAAUGUGCUGCUGCUUGCAACAGACAAUGGCGAAAUCCUCAAGAUCCUGGAGGACGGCUCCGAAGCUUUUAUCAUCUCCGAAACGCAUCUGUGCAACGGCUCGGCACCCAUACAAUCAAUGAAACUCGACUCUGUUCAGAAGAAGCUGUUCGUAGGAUGUCCUGGUCAGUUGUCCGUGUUAGACCUGCAGAGAUGUCGAGACUACAAUGCUUCCUGUGAGGAAUGUGUUCUUUCCCGCGAUCCAUACUGCGCUUGGACUGAACGAGGCUGCACGUCACAAACAAAAGGAGGAAUACAAAACAUUGCUGAUGGACUGACUAACGUAUGUCACCAAAAAACAGUGGGAAGAUUCAAACGUGAUGUGCAACAAUCAUCGACGGCUCCGAUCCGACACUUUGUGGCCACUGAUGUCCCGUUUUAUCUCUCUUGUCCUGUUGAUUCCAAUCAUGCCACUUAUAUAUGGGAACAUGGGCACAAGAGAAGCCCAUGCCAGCAGACUCAAUCAGAAUGCCUCCUCCUCAUCCCAGCCAUGAAUGCUGACAUGUAUGGAAAUUACAAAUGUAUUUCCCAUGAACGUGAUUACACUAAAACUGUGAAUGAAUAUGACCUUUUUCCUAAGCCUGCUUUUAAUGAUGCUUUCAAGCUCAGAGCCCAGGACUGGUUUAUGGCUGCAUUUAUCACUAGUGCCUUCAAUCUGUGCUCACUUUAAGGUCAAAGUAGUUAUAUAAAUGUCAGUGCUUCUGUCCUCCAGCAUUUCUGACCUGUAAGCUGAUUAAAACCAUCACUGUCA